GAUUCAAGGAGUAAAUGGGCUCCAGCCACACCCGUUGCCCUACUAGAAAUAAGCGAUAUGGAACAUUUAUGAAAGUAUGGUCAAUUGGAUCGUAACUGUUAAAAGACUACAAAAAAAGUCCCACAAUGCACUAGUUUCCUCGUCCGUUGCGGUUAAAUAAUCCUCCGCGCGCGGAACGUUAUACUCGCCUUUGAGGCUCUCUUUAAUGACACGCAAAAAAAAUCGAAAAUAUAAUAAUUCAACCAAAAAGAAAAAGCAUACAAAUUUACACACGUAUGAGAAAUUUUACUUUAGCGUUUUAGCUUCCAAAAUAGGCUCCAACCCAGUGGUUUCCUCUAACGUGGGGAAUGUUGACGUUGUAACACCACAACUUAGACGAAGGAGCUCCCCGCAUCUCUUCGCCUAAACGUCCGUCCUAGCUGCGGUCCCUCUUUUAAUCACGACCAUUUAUUUUACCGAACCUCAAUGAGUAGCCGGUCGGACAGCGACGAUGAGAGCUGCAGCAAACGGAGAAUUGCGUACGUUUACAGUCCGGAGUACGUCGAGACUUGUGACUCUUUAUCCAAAGUACCGAACCGGGCCAGCAUGGUCCACUCACUGAUAGAAGCCUAUGGACUGCUUCAGCACAUGAGCGUCGUGAAGCCUCGCUUGGCCACCAUAGAGGAAAUGGCUAAGUUCCACACCGACUCCUACCUUGAACACCUCCACAAGAUCAGCCAGGAUGGAGACAACGACGACCCCCAGUCAGUUGACUACGGCCUGGGCUACGACUGUCCCGUUGUGGAGGGCAUCUUUGACUAUGCGGCGGCUGUGGGUGGUGCCACGCUGACAGCCGCUCAGUGUCUGCUGGACCAGAACUGUGAAGUGGCCAUCAACUGGGCAGGAGGCUGGCACCACGCCAAAAAGGACGAAGCUUCAGGUUUCUGUUAUGUGAACGACGCGGUGCUGGGAAUCCUCAAGCUGCGGGAGAAAUACGAACGAGUGCUGUACGUGGAUGUCGACCUGCACCACGGAGACGGUGUGGAGGAGGCUUUCAGCUUCACGUCUAAGGUCAUGACGGUUUCCCUGCACAAGUUUUCUCCCGGAUUUUUCCCCGGCACGGGGGACCUUUGUGACACGGGGCUCGGAAAAGGCCGCUGGUACGCGGUGAACGUCCCGCUCGAGGAUGGAAUCAAAGACGACAGAUACUACCAACUUUUUACCAGCGUUCUGCAGGAGGUGCGGGCACAGUUCAACCCGGAGGCGGUGGUGAUGCAGCUGGGCGCCGACACCAUGGCGGGAGAUCCCAUGUGCUCCUUCAACAUGACCCCGGUGGGGGUGGGCAAAUGUUUGCAGUAUGUCCUGCAGUGGCAGCUACCUACACUGCUCCUGGGAGGAGGAGGUUAUAACUUGGCCAACACCGCACGUUGCUGGACAUACCUGACAGCGGCAGUCCAGGGGAAGACCUUGUCCUCCGAAAUACCCGAUCACGAGUUUUUCACAGAGUACGGACCCGACUACUCCCUGGAGAUCAGUCCGAGCUGUCGGCCCGACCGCAACGACACCAAACACCUGGACCAGGUCAUCGGCACCAUCAAAGGGAAUUUGAAGAAUGUGGUUUAGGACUCGGCAGCCUCAGCCUCCUCCGCACAGAUGAGCAACACGCAGGCGAAAACACACACACACACACACACCCCGUGUUUCCGAGGCCGUCCGACUGCUCGGCUGCUUUAAUGAAGACAAUCUGGAGCGGACCCCUCCAGCCCGGAGGCACCCAUCGAGCACGGGAGGAGGGUUUUUUUUUUGUUGGAAAACAUGAGCCCCGCGUUUCCACGGGAAAACAGUUUCAAACGG